CUGCCACUCACUCUUCUGAGGGCUACAACCGGUGUGGGAAAUAAGAUUUCCUGUUAACGCUGGAAAAGAGACUUUGAGUGAAUAAUCCUGAACAUUGGCUAUGAUUGUGGAAGUCUAAAGUUCCCUAGGAAAUGAGCCCAAAGAAUGAGGGAAGUCAUCGGUACUGGUUUCAGGAACUAGUGAGAAGACUGCAGAUACCAACAUGAUCUGGAGACAUGAGGUUUAUGCUAAGCAUUGAGAGAUGACUCCAGCGUGGAAUUUUAGAAAGCCCUUGGAGUAAAUGGACACUAUAGACACCAGCUUGGUUAUUUGAGCAUCUUUCAAAGACCUUCAGCUUUACAUGAAGAUUGCUUUCUCAGAGGAGCUCCGGACUAUCAUAGAGUGAAAUACUUCUUUUUGUCUUCAAAAAUGAAAAUAGACUUGGAGGUCAGUGAGCCAAUCAACUUUAGUUCCGGAGAUCAUCAACUCCUGGUUCAGAAAGCAGCAAUUAAAAGUGGCCACUCGAAAGUGGAUCAGCCCUUCACACAUUCACCCAGAAACACACCACAAGAAGCCAUAAAAUACCCACGUUCCAAGCAAAGAGAUGGAGCAAAUACCUAUGCAGUACAAAUUUCAGACGAUGUCAUCUCAGAGGAGACCAUCACAAGUCCACCUAGUCCCUUUGAAGACAUGUCUGUCCGUAAAGGGUUCAUCGUGAAGGUGUUUGUCGUCUUGGCAGUCCAGCUGCUCGUCACUGCGAUAAUCAUUGGCGUGUUUGUUUUCUGCAAACCUCUAAGAAAGUGGGUCAUCAGCGUCCCUUGGUUCAUCUAUGCACUCCUCCCAGCAUGCUUUAUUGUGAUCAUCGUGCUCGCUUGCUGUAGGGAUAUCCGGCGUCAGGUGCCCACGAACUACAUUCUCCUGGCAUUAUUUACACUUCUGGAAGGCCUGCUGCUAGGAAGUAUGUCCGUCUUCUAUAAAGCAGAAGAGAUUCUGUGGGCGGCGGGAGCAACCACUGUGGUGACAUUAGUGCUUACUUUAUUUGCUCUCCAAACAAAAUGGGACUUCACCUUGCUGAACGGAGUGUUGUUUGUUUGCCUCUCUGUGCUCUUCAUCUACGGGAUUAUCGCACUCAUCAUACGAUCCUACUGGCUACAUCUGGUGUAUGCAGCACUUGGAACACUACUCUUCUCCAUGUACCUGGUUAUGGACGUGCAGAUGAUGGUUGGGGGGCGCUACCAUUAUGAGGUAGACCCUGAAGAGUACAUUUUUGCUGCUCUGAACAUCUAUGUGGAUAUCAUCAGCCUUUUCAUUUUCAUUUUGGACCUGAUUGCCCGAUAGCCAAUGGCCAAAGCUGGCUUAAGCUGAGAAGAGAGAAGGUGGGAUGCCUGUGUAGUGUUGCCAGGCCCAGGCACACAGCGGUGACCACUCAUAGGUCCUUUCAGUACCUAUCUAUCUAUCUAUCUAUCUAUCUAUC